CGACCACUCGCGUCGCCUCGUCCGCUGAGUGCGCCGCACAACGCGCGCGCUGCGUCGCGUUCAUGCUGCCGGACGAUGCGCAACGGGGCUGAGACGACGAGAAUCCACGAUGCCCCCCUACAGCGAGCUCGCCGCUGCUGCGGCUAGGCGGUGGCUGCCGCCGACGAGUCGUCGUCGUCCCCGGGACAGUCGCCCAUUGGACGUCGGGCGCGUACUUAUCUGGGCGCGCCCGUUAUCGCUGCGCAUAAAACUAAGGCCGCUGCACCCGGUCGCGGGUCAGCGCUAUGCCGGCACCGCAACAACAACCAGCGCUCCCGGAGAAACCGUCGUCUGCUACGGCUCGCCGCCCACCGCUCAGGGAGACGACGGCGUCGCGGCGCUGCUCGCCACCCCGACGCCCGACGGACGUGACGCAUUUCGAGUUCAACUUCCUCCAGCACUCGCGGUAGCGGAUCCGGAAUACGCGUCGGCGCAGACGUCACCGACCCGUGGUGACGCCACCAGCGCCCGCCGCCGAGCUUCAGCCGCUGCUGCCCGCGGCGGCGUCUCAAAGAUGGCUCUCCUGUUUUACACGCUGUACGGGUUUGCCAUCAUUUUCUUCGCCGGCUGGUGGUUCGUCUGGCUGCUUCAUCUACUGGCCAUCUUCAACGGAAAAAUGAAGCUCCACAAAAAGAAAGCCCUUCCACCCCUGGAGGUGCCACUGCCCGGCGUGUCCAUCAUCAAACCAUUGACGGGGGUGGAUCCAAACCUCUUCAGCAACCUCGAGUCAUUCUUCACUAUGAAUUAUCCGCAGUUUGAGCUUUUGUUCUGCAUUCAAGAUGAAGGGGAUCCUUCCAUAAUGCUGGUACGAAGACUAAUGGAGAAACACCCAUUGGUCGACGCCAGGGUCUUUGUAGGGGGUUGCCCAGUUGGGGUAAAUCCCAAGAUCAACAAUAUGCAACCAGGCUACGAAGCUGCCAAGUACGAGCUCAUCUUGAUCUCCGACAGCGGAAUUCGGAUGAAGGAGGACACGCUCCUGGACAUGGUGCUGACCAUGGCGGAUGAUGUGGCCCUGGUCCACCAGAUGCCUUUUGCCUGUGAUAGGAAGGGGUUCCCAGCCAUUUUAGAAAAGGUCUAUUUUGGCACGGCGCACGCGCGCAUCUACCUGGCAGCUGACUUUCUGCGCAUCAACUGCGCAACGGGAAUGUCGGCGUUGAUGCGGAAGAAGCUGCUCGAUGAGGUGGGCGGCAUCAGGGCGUUUGGCCACUACUUGGCGGAGGACUUCUUCUUUGCCAAGUCUUUUGAAGACAGGGGCUGGAAGAUCAGGAUCAGCUCCCAGCCGGCAUGGCAGAACUCUGGUCUCUGCGAGGUCGGGCUUUUCCAGACCCGGGUGGCAAGGUGGGCCAAGCUUCGGUUUGCCAUGGUGCCGCACACGAUGCUACUGGAGCCCCUGUCGGAGUGCAUGUUGCUAGGGGCGCUGGUGGCGUGGGCGACCAGCUUUCUGUUCCAGUGGGACGCCUUUGCUGUGUACCUGCUGCACCUGCUGCUCUGGUUCCUGCUGGACUGGAUGCUGCUCAGCGUCGUGCAGAAUGGGCUUCUUCCAUUCAACAAAUGGGAGUUUGUGGUCGCGUGGACAUUCCGAGAGUGUGGCGCCCUCUACCUUUUCCUGCACGCCCUGUGGAACCCGACGAUUCGGUGGCGCGCAGGACUGUAUCGGUUACGAUGGGGCGGUACCGUCGAGGUGGUCAAGCCGGACUCUUAGUGAAGCGUCCCGCUCCCCGACCUUUAGGAACAAAAGAAAGUGCCGCGACGUAGCACGCAGCUCCGACUGUGCCGCCACAGCAAAGGGUGUGAACAAGGCAAAUGGCGUGGAAGAGAAUGUGCCGAGCUGCGGAAAGUGCCCUUUCCACACACCCGCUGCCGGUCAGCGCCCGACGGUCUUCUUCCAGUGACGGCAGAUUGUUUGUGUCAUUCCUUCGUGGUUCCUCAUUCGGUGGGUGUGCGCGCCGGCCACCGCGCGGGGGUGGCCGGCUCGAUUGCUUUUCGACGAGUGAAUGCAACGACUUGGCGUUUGUUCCGUGCCGACUCACUCACUGUUGUGCUGCGAAUGGAAAGACAGCGUCAAGCAGCGGCCCCUAGUCGGCGGUGCCAGCCGUUCCGUUUUUUUUUUUUUUUCCUCUGUUUUACUUCAAAGUGCCGGGAGCUCGUGCUGGUUGCGCGUUUCAACGGCAAGACUGGAUUUCAAAAGUGCGUCUCGAGCGAGUGUGCCUGUGUGUGCGUGUGCGUAGACUUCCGUGUGUUUUGUACAUAGAAUGAAAGGGACUCGUGAACUCUUUACUCUUUUUGCUCUGAAACCACUGUCUCUAUCCCCUUUGCCCUUUUUUUUCUUCCCUGUCUGUUCUUCUUCUUGUGUUAUUGUUACAUUUUGUUGACAUCGUUUCCGUCGCGCUUUUUGUUUUGGACUCAUCGUGUUGUUGCUUUGGGGCCGAAGAAUGUGACAUACUCGCGCCGUGGGACACACGCAUGUCGUUGGUGCCGGCACAUCGAUUGUUGUCGCGCCGAGGUUUGUUCACGGACAUCGCGUUCCUUCCUUUCUUUUCCCUCUCGUUUUCUGUAUUUUUCGUACGCCAUACCUUGUUGCUUCCUCAGCGACUUUUUUUUAACUGGACGCGAGGUCGAGCCUUGCGUUUGCAUUGUUUUUCUGUUUUCCAGUGUUGGUUGUUGCCUAUGAGUUUGUUGGUUGCUCGUUGUUUUGAGUAAAGAAGAAGACCUGACCAUGCCUUUUUCUUUCUCGAAAUGCAGUACAACAGGCAUGUAAGAAUAAAAAUUUUCGACGGCCUACAAACUCGCGAAGGCUAAUAGACUACGAUGGCUUUUAUCGUGUGAAAGAUGAUGGAAGUUGAGUCUUAGGGAAUGCAAAGAACAAUUGUGCUUGUGGUGGUCCUGGUACCACUCUGAGGAAAAAGUGCUUUUGAAUGAUGUUCUUGUGACGUCAUGUGUUGCUGUAUAUACAAAGUAUAAACGAAGUGACCAAGGAGCUUUUGUUGGUACAUGCGGUUAAGUGGCCACGUGUCGUUUUGUGCUGUAACAAUGUCAUAAGGUCAAGUUUUAUGGUAUGCUGAAAGUAUUUCACUUUCUUCUCUUUUUUAAAUGCUGGCAUUGUGUAUCGUGAAUUUGCAGACGUUAUUUAUUUCACGCGGUGACAGUUCAAGCCCAACGAAAAUGCCGCAGCAAAUUUUCUAAAGGAACAAAAUAAAUACACCGCAAAGGUUGUCCUUCACACAACCCCCUGCAGUUCUUGGCGGAAUGUAGUGCCUGAAAUUUGUGCUUUUCGUGAUUAGGUGCGAUCUGGCUUUUUCGGUACGGCACUCCAGCAGAUAUGCUUCAACUUAGGUCUGGUCGGGCAGGUAGUGUCUACAGGUACACGUCAAAGUGGAACGUACGAUUGCUCUAGUCAGAAAUUACGAGAGACUAUCUUUUGAAUCGACAGCUAGAUUGCUGUGUCGAACGUGACAGGUGCGACGAAAAAGAAAAGGGAUCCAGGCGUCUAGUAAGUGGUCUUGCAAUGUUCUCUCACUUCGCUUGCCGCCUCUUGACAAACAUUCCUCGGGACCGGAGUUGCUGUGCGGUUUUUUUUUAGCCUCUCCAUCAUUAUCUCCGUGUGGGUCUUCCACAGCAUCCUUAAUUUUUGGUUCGGCAAUGAGAACUGCAUCUUUCUCCAGCACAGCUGAUCUUGCAUACUAUACAACGUCCACUUUGACGUUUGGACGUUGAUGACAUUUCUUAACAUUGUGUCAGUCUAAUGCACCAGUCUUGCGCGUUGCAAAUGUGUGUGCUGUGUGCGUAAUUCCUUGCAGCAGUUGUAAGCGUGUACGGAUUGCGGCAUCUUGCUAAUAUGCACCAGUGAAGAACAUAAAAUUCAGGCUUCCUUCUUUCAAACAAGAUGCGAUAAAACACUUCAGAAAAAUCUGUCAGAGCAAGGCAAUGAUAACAUGAAUGGCUUUUGUUUUACGUUAUUGAGACUGGGAUCCAAACUCUUGCCACAGUCUAGCAUACUUCCACAGACGAGCAAGUCUACAGACCAAAGCAAACUGCGCAACUUUUCUGAACCCUCUACGUUUUCGUUGUCAGUGUUUUGUCUCCUGAAAGUAUGAAAUGUUUCCUCCAGAACUUUUACAUAGCCUUUUUUUAACAAGCAACAUUUCUACUGAGCUUUUAUAUAUGUGGCGUUUUACAAUGGGAAAGUAAUAACAAACGUCAUUCUGCUGCAAAAAAAAAAAAUAAUAAUGUAUAGGUUUUAGACAAUGCAUCAACGUAAUAUACAGACCGUAACAAAAGAGCUGAGUGCCGCAGGGGAAAGUAAUUUGCAAGCAAACCUGCAGAGUGAACUUGCAAUAAUUUAGGCUCUGGCGGGUAAAACUUUCGUGUAACUCGGAAUAAUCUGAGACUGGUUGGCAUGCUUGUCCUUAGUGUGAUUUCCAUUAUUCAGAAACUAGCCUGUAGACUCGUUGAAACAUUUGUACUUUUCCAGGGUGCGGAAACCCAACGGAAGUGGCUGAUCGGAAGCAACCACAUCUGCGUUAAUUUGAAAUUUGUUCGCUGGCGGUUUGAAUUCUUCCAAAUUGUCUUCAAAACGAGUGCAUACUGGGUGUUAGAGCUUCCAUGCCUGGUGCAGCAUGUCAUUCGAACUAGAUGCCAGUGGUCGCGUCAUGCGUUCGCCGUUCUGAAUCCUCAGUUGUGAGUGCAUGAUGUUCUUUGGAGCCAAACCGUGGCAUGCCGCUCACCCCAGUUCAUUUCCUUGUUCGUACAAUAACUUUUGAAUUCAAGAGUUCCUAUGUUAACUCCUAAACCUUUACGUGUUGUUCGGUGUUGUCAAUUCAAACAAUAAUUUGCGGUUCCCAUGAGUUAGUUAUUGUAAGCCGACUGCAACUACGAGCAAAAUUGCAAAAUUGUACUUCUGCACAAUUUAAUGCUUUGACCAUUGCAUUAGAAACACUGUAAGAAAGACCUGUUCAUGCGUUCUGUGUUGUCGCAGACAUCUGGAACUCGUGCAGUUUUGCGAUACAUCGAUAUUGGCUGUACGACCUUAGACAACUUGUUAUUCGAGGGCACCAUGGAAGGAAGCGCUCGAGUCUGCCUACCUUGGCCACAGUGGAGAUGGCGAAACGUUGAAAUUGCUUGUUUGAUACACGAACGCUGCCUUUUCGAAGUUCAUGGUCUUGCUCGUCAACAUAUUGCGAGAGAUGUUUCUCGUGAGUUCAUGCUCACACUUUGUGCAAGAGUGACGACAUACUAGAAGAGGCGCACUAGUGUUGGGGUGAGAGAUGCCACGGUCCUGAGCACUCUGCAUAAUUUGCAACACAGGCGGGGCUACGGUAACCGGGAAGAACGAAAGAAAAUGUGGCAUGCGCUGUUUGCCACAGGCAAACUCCGCUCUGUCCCAUUACCAUGCAAGGACUACAUUACAAUCUACUUUCCACACUGCGUAAACAGUCAGUUCAGUAGUGUCUGUGGUGUAUUCUUUUGAUUCUGCAUUUCGCCUAAGGUACCUGUAUUGUUUUAUCCGCAUGGUCGGUCAGUUUGAGAUUGUCUGUAAAUGUAUUCUUUUAAUGUCUCAUUUUGUCCGUGGUAUCUCAUUUAAAAGUGUUGCCGUGCUCCCGGAAAACGCACAGCCACGGGACACGUCCCGCAUUUUGUCAUCCUCGUAGAGUGGUAGGUGCGCGUGCACCAAACAGGUUGUAGUUUCCAGUAAGCUCAAUUCCAGGUUUUACAACCUCUAGCAGCACCCUUCAUCACUGCCUAGUUACCAGUACCGUCUAACCAGACACUCGUGUUUUUAGCCUGUCAAUUCCAUGAUUGUUGUAACUGCCACGUCGCUAGCCAACUGGGUACUGGCCUGUUUGGUGCAAGUGCUGUUCGUCACCUUUUCAGUAUGACCUCUUCAUCUGCAUGUUUUAGUGCUUCAGGAGGUUGCAUGCAAUCCUGAUCCAUAUCCCGAUCAAUUGAUCGGGAUUGCCGGAUGUGCAAUCCUGAUUGACUGAUCAGAUUCGUCGGGAUUGAUCAGUCCUGAUCAAGUAUGCCGCGAGUAUUCUGUUUUCCUGUGCUCUCGCAACGCAAGGAUAUUCAAUGGGACCUCCAGCACCAGCUUUUGGUAAACUGUGAAGCCUUCUGCAGACACUCUGCUUGUGUAUUGAAUCGUGCAGAAACUGCAGAUGCUAUUGGCUGUUAACUCCUGCCACAAGCUUUACGUUUGUUUGGUUAAAAGAAAAGUUAGAUGUUCCACCUCACAAGGUUAAUGGAUGUAUGCAAUAGCUGCUCGACUGAAUGCCGCGACCUUGGACAAUGCAAAUUGCUCCCACGAACAAAUACGCUGCUUCUGCAGUCCUACUGCUGCUCUCUCGGGGCUGUCCACAAAUCUGCGCUUCACAUCGAACUUGCGAUAAAAUGCUGGCUUUACAUUGCCGCAGGCUCGAGAAGAGGCUUCCAAACGAAGGUAGCCGAUGAUCACACCACACACCCACGAAUGCGUCUUCUUGUGUAAUGCACAGUCUACUGUGGGCAGUGCUCCAGAUAGGCUUCAGCACCACUGUCUGUGAACGCCUUACGGUACAUAGUGCCGAAUCCUAUUUGACAUAAUGUGAUAUGUCGUAAGCUUGCGCUCUUUGCUGCUUCCAUUGGACGAACGGGAACGGCCAUGUCUUGUUUUGAAUUAGCGUGUUGUUGCUCAUGGCUCGUUCGGUGUGCUUCCUGUUAAUGAACAAGAAUGUUUGUGCAUAAUGUCUAUACAUUGGACUUACACUCUAUGGUCUCAACACACCGGCGUUGACAGUUGCGCCCGACGUUCUGCAGCAUCACAGAUUUUCUACGCAGUCUUCUUUCUGUGGUGCUUUACACCAUUCUUUUUACAACGAAGCAUUGCGUUGCUUUGCAUUGCCCAAGGUUUUGCACACUGCAGCUCUGUUGGUCCUGUAGUAACUAAGUUUUGUCGGAGCCAUUGCUCUCGUGCUUUUGCAAGCGAUGGCGGCAGAAGGAAUACUGUUGUCGAACUGAAAAUUGUGCUUUGCUUUAGUUUACUCUGUCGUGUAGCUUGGUCAGCGCAAAGCUGGAGCUGGGGUAAACUGCCAGCAGCCACUAAUAAAAAAAGCUGUGCCCGUUUCGUAAGAAACGGCGGUUGGGCAUUCGACCUCUGCUCCAGUUCUGCUCUAGCCACGGCUGCAUCACUUUCGUCACAUGCUUUGUCCGUGAGCAGUGUGUGUUCGUGUUUAGAAAUGUCUCUCGCUGGGACGAUGCCAUGUCGCUUUUUACAUUGUGCCGUGUAAAGGCCCGCGCAUUUUUCACGUCGAGAUUUGUGCCCAAUGUUGCCGCCUCGAUAAGGAUGCAGCAUUACUGUGAAAGACAAUGAAAGUGGGACGGGGGUAUCGAGUUUUCUAAUUGACCAGUACUACCAUUGCAUUGUUCUUGAUUUUGAGCAUUUUUUUUACAAGACUCAGCCCAAAGUGCUUUUUGUUAUUGCAGCGAGCAAAAAAAGGUGACAAAUAAACAAA